GCUCGUUGACAGACAUGGCGGCGAUCCUACAAUCAGAUAGAGAUGGAGGGAGGUGAAGAAAACCCGCGCGGUCGCCAGGCGCGCUCUUAUACCCGCGGGCGCGUGGACCGCGCUCGGCGUCUGCCGAUCUGCUCGGCCGGCGCAAAAUAGCCAUCAACACGGGCGGGCGGCUCCGGCAUCCCCCGCGGCGGCGUCGUCUGCGUCGGACACUGCACACUGAACCUGCUCUCACCUCCCCACUCAUCCCAAAAUGAUCUUCGGGCCGACGUCGCUCUCCCUCGCCCCGCGCAUCGCGCAGAGCAAGUCUCUGCUCGCCUACUUCAAGCCCAUCGCGGCCUGGUACACCGACCUCAUGGGCUACCGCAAGUACGGGCUCAAGUACGACGAUCUCAUCCUUGAGGAGAACAAGGACAUGUUCCGGGCUAUCAACCGCCUGCCCGAGCGUGAGCUCUACGACCGCGGCUUCCGCUUCAAGCGCGCCUCCCAGGCAUCAAUCAUGCACGCACCGCUUUCCAAGGAGCAGUGGACGAAGCCCGAGGAGGACACCCAAUACCUGCGCCCGCACAUCGACAGCGUCGUCGAGGAGAACAAGGAGCGCCAGUACUGGGACAACCUCAAGGUCGAGCGCAAGUAGACAUGAGCUCUUCGCACGUAGACUUAGGCACGGGUUGUGCGCGUCUCAGAGACGCUGCCCAUCCACUUCGCUGGAUCGUCAUCGAGCCGUAGCAUGCGUUUUGGGCGUAGAUGAGACUAUCCAAUCGCAGGCAUUCAUUUAUUCAG